AUGACGUUUAAAGUCACAUUUCUCGCGGUAUUAUUAUUCAAGGCAAUAACAGCACAACACAUCCUGCCAUACCCACCAUCCAUACCCAUAACAAAUGUUCUUGGACCACAGCAAAUUCCUACACUAUCUGCCGCGGACAGCGACUUCCUCUGCAAAAACUUCGCAUCAACCCUUCAAGGAGUUAUACUCGACAAUUUCGCCCACAACUGUCAUAAAAAACCUAUAUUCAACAAAAUAGCACCACCUUUGGUCAACGAAAUCGCAGCUACCAUUUGCACAUGUCCAGUUUGUUCUACUGUGAAAAUAACGCCAAAUUCUUAUACCAAGAGUUAUAUAUCUCCAAAUACAGUGUCCAGUAUUAUUAGCAAUGCUAAUGGGUUAGCUAACACGGUUUCUAAUACUCUAAUAACGAGAUCGUUACCUACAAAACCGAAUGUUGUAAAUUCUAACGCUGCUACAUAUGAGGAAUUGUUAUCUCUCUUAUCCGGUUUAGUUGGAGUUCACGGACAAUGUAAUUGUAGAAAUCCCGUCAUUGUAUAA